AGUCCCACCUCUUGCCGGUAACAUCCAUCAUCGCCAGUCUACUUUAACUUUUACUCCUCGGUCUCAGUUUAGUUAACUUUGGGUCUGAAUCACAUAUUCACCUGUGGGCAGUUUUAAGUCCUUUUGUUACAUAUAUACAAGUUGGCGCUUGCCUCCAUAUAAAGGAUAAAUAAAAUGUCAGUACCUAAUAUAACUCUAAACAAUGGAGCCCACUGUCCAAGCUUUGGCCUCGGUACAUGGUUGGCGGCUCCUGGAGAAGUUAAAGAAACUGUGAAAACCGCAAUUGACCUUGGUUAUCGACUGUUCGAUUGCGCAUGGCUUUACGGGAACGAAAAAGAAAUAGGCGAAGGUUUAAGAGCAAAAAUUCAAGAUAAAACUGUCAAAAGAGAAGAACUGUUUGUCGUUACAAAAUUAUGGAAUAUUUUUCACGAAGAAGAAAAAGUAGUUCCAGCAUGCAAAGAAUCUUUAAAAAAUUUUGGGCUUGAUUAUGUUGAUUUGUAUUUGAUUCACUGGCCUUGUGCAACUAAGAACAAAGAUUUCAACAUUCAACUCCCAUUUAAAGAUUCUCAAAAUAUAGAAUAUGAUUUCUGUAAGACCUGGAAAGGUAUGGAAGAAUGUGUCCGACUUGGUUUGGUCAAGAGCAUCGGUUUGUCAAAUUUUAAUUCAAAGCAAGUGCAGAGAAUAUUAGAUGUAUGUACCAUAAAACCAGUUAUGAAUGAAAUAGAGGUUACUCCAUUUCUUAAUCAAAAAAAGCUUAUUCAGUUUUGCAAGAGUCGUGGAAUACAAAUAUUGGCAUACUCACCACUAGGUUCCCCUGCGAGACCGUGGGCUAAACCAGGCGAUAAAAUGCUGUCUUUGCAAGAUCCUAGAUUGGUUCAAAUUGGCGAAAAAUACAAAAAGAGUAGUGCUCAAGUUGUUUUGCGAUAUGUCUAUCAACACGGUACCAUACCUAUCCCCAAAUCAUCUAAUGCCGGCAGACUUAAGCAAAAUAUUGAUAUUUUUGACUUUAGUUUAACAGAUGAAGAAAUGGCUGUUAUUGAUGAGUUCAACUGUAAUGUUAGAGUCUGCCAUGCUGAAGAAUUAAAAGAUAAUCCUGAGUAUCCAUUUACAUUGCAGGAGUAAAUCUUCUUCUUUCUAAUUUUUUAUCAUAACUGUAUAAUUUAUUCAACACGCUUUUAUUUAUAUAAUUACAAGACUAGUAUCUAUAUGAAAUUAAUAUCAGUAUAUUGUUUUUCAAAAGUAAACGGUACGUAAUAUACGAAUUAUUAUCUA